AUGGGACAACCUGGAGGACCCGGACAGAAGGGCCAACCGGGACCACCAGGACCACCUGGAAAUCCAGGCUCACCCGGACAUGAUGGAGAACAUGGCAGUCCAGGAGAAGACGGACACCCAGGAGAAGAUGCCGCCUACUGCCCUUGUCCUCCUCGUACUCCUACGCAAGCUCCAUCAUACGAGGAUCAAGUGACGGAGGCUCCAGCCUACGAAUCGGAAUCUUCUUCAAAGGCUCCCGCGUACGACUCUGGAGCAUCCGAGGCUCCCGUCUACGACUCCGGAGAAUCACAGACACCUGCCUCUAAAUCUCCACCAUCAGAAGCACCUGCCUAUGAACCUCCAGUAUCAAAAGCACCUGCCUAUGAAUCUCCAGUUACAGAAGCUCCACAGAACUAUGGAAAAACAGAUAAAGAAGCAGGAAGCUAUCGCAAACGACGCGUCAGAAAACUUCGCAAGGUCAAGGUCUAA